AGCAUUUACUGAUGUGAGCCAGUCAUUCGCCUGCCCUCUGUUUUGGACUGAACACAACGGGAACUGCUACAGGUUUUUCCCAAUGAAUAAAACAUGGGCAGAAGCAGACUUUUACUGUGCGGAGUUUUCGCUCGGCAGGACAACUGCCAAAUUAGUUUCUAUCCACAGUUGGGAUGAAAAUAUUUUUGUAUUCGAUCUUGUAAACAGCCAAGUCCCUGGAAUACCUACAGAUAUCUGGAUAGGAUUAAGUGACAGAAGACAGGAAGGAGAGUUUGAGUGGACAGAUGGAACAACAUAUGACUAUAAUUACUGGGAUGGAAAUCAGCCAGAUGAUGCCACAAACAGUAGUCCAGAAGAUGAGGACUGUGUACAGAUUUGGUACAGAUACUACAGCGGU